GAAUAUUAGUCAAAUCAACAUUAAUAAGCUUUACCAAACUUUAUAUGAACAGUGUUAGGAAUAUAAAAUAAUCUCUAUGUUACACUGCGUAGAAUAUUUUUGGUUGUUUUAUUUAACUGCAUUCAUUCGCAUUCUAGUGUUUGAAACGUCGUUUAAGUACUGGCAGUAGCACAGUCACCAUUUUUACUGAACAGGUGUAGAUUGUUUGAAGUACGAAAAGUGGGUUUAUUUGUGAUCAAGAAAUAUACAAUAUUCGCAAUGACGGACCAGCAAAUGGACUGUGCCCUGGACUUGAUGCGGCGCCUGCCGCCCCAGCAGAUCGAGAAGAACCUGAGCGACCUGAUCGACCUGGUGCCGGCUCUCUGCGAAGACCUCCUCUCGUCGGUCGACCAGCCGCUCAAGAUAGCACGUGACAAGGACGUGGGCAAGGAGUAUCUGUUGUGCGACUACAACAGAGAUGGAGAUUCUUACAGGUCUCCAUGGAGCAACACGUACGACCCACCCCUGGAAGAUGGGUCCAUGCCAUCAGAACGCUUGAGGAAGCUGGAAAUAGAUGCGAACCAUGCAUUUGAUCAAUACCGUGAAAUGUACUUCGAAGGGGGUGUUUCUUCCGUUUAUUUAUGGGAUUUGGAUCAUGGAUUUGCGGGGGUGAUCCUGAUCAAGAAGGCGGGGGACGGCUCCAAGAAGAUCAAGGGCUGCUGGGACUCGAUCCACGUGGUGGAGGUGCAGGAGAAGACCACGGGCCGCAACGCCCACUACAAGCUCACCUCCACGGCCAUGCUGUGGCUGCAGACCAACAAAGUGGGCUCGGGCACCAUGAACCUGGGCGGGAGCCUCACGAGACAGGUGGAGAGUGACGCCAGCGUGAGCGACGCGUCGCCGCACAUAGCCAACAUCGGGCGCCUGGUGGAGGACAUGGAGAACAAGAUCCGCAACACGCUGAACGAGAUCUACUUCGGCAAGACGAAGGACAUCGUGAACGGGCUGCGCAGCGUGCAGCCGCUGUCGGACCAGCGCCAGCAGGCGGCGCUGCGCCAGGACCUGGCCGCCGCGCUGCAGAGGAGGCAGGCCAAGGGCGACGCCAACUGACGCUCCCCUUCGCCCCCGACCGAUACUUCGCACGGCAUUCAACCAGACUGGCCAGCAUCAGUUGUCGUCACCUCUCCUUCCCGUGCCUGCAGGUUUCCGUGCCUGCGAGGAAUUUUACGUCGUCAUAACGUUGUUCGCUUCUGAAGCUUCGAAAUAUCAGAUGCAUUACUAAAAAAAAAAUCUUUUGGUGAAACAAGUUCUGGACUAAUAAUGCAUUCCAACAAGCUGAUUGAUGGACAUUGAGUAAGCAUUUAUCAUCUAUCUUGAAAUAUACUGCUAAUAUUGUUAAUUGUUAAUUAUUAUGAAUUGGGUACAGUUGUUGCAACUGCAUAAUGAGCCAUAAUAUCGAAUAUGAUGAUAAUAGCUACAAUGUUUUUUUUUUUUUAACUAGCAUUAUGAAAGUAAUGCUCAUCUUGUUUGCCAUUUAAAUUACAUGAAGUAUUUCACAGUUAGUAUUAACAAAUUUAAUUAUUUUAUAUGUUUAUUUAGCACUUCUUGUGUUUAUUCUUAUUCAUGUCUUCUAUUUAGUGGGUAAUUUGCAAAGAAAGGAAGGUAAUUUAUUCUGAUGUAACGUUCUGCGUAGAUUAUGUUUAUUUCAAUUUAAUGUUAAAUUUUGGGUAUGGCUUUUUAGUAGGGCUGUGCUGUUAUAGUUUUUAUUGGUACGUUCGGUUCUGAUUUUGGUUCCAUAUAAAUCUCUGUUUUCAAUUACAGUUUCGGUUCUUAUAAAGUGAAAAAAAAUAAUGCUUCAUUAAAUAUGAAUUAGGUGUGUCAUUAUGUAUUUACCCGAAUAUAAUGAAAACCCUAUUUUGAUUAUGAGUUUAUGAAAAAGACAUUAUGGAUUGGAAAUAACAAGUCAAGUACAUAGCACUUGAAAAUUGUUUUAAAAAUUAAACGUAUUCCAUAUUUACUACAUCCUUUCUGGUGCCACUUUCGUCAGUAGUGUGUUUUUAAUGGUCUCUUUGAAACACCAAGCUGCACUUAGAAAAAAAUGUUUUAUAAUUGUAGUUCAAAAGUGGUGGCUGUUCAGAAAGUAAAAAAAUGUGGUGAUAUACAGUGGUCAUCUGAGAGGGUGAAAGAGCUGGGGCAGGGGAGCCACCCUUAAGAGAAGCAGAAAGAACCCAGCGCCAAACUCCAUUUGCACCUCUCCUUCAUCCAGCAUCUCUCAUCUCUCAUCCGUCUCGCCUGUGCUGAGGUCCAGCAAGCCCCGGACUAAAGUGGCAUGAGUGGUCCAGUGUACAGGCAGGGCAUGCAGUUUUACAACUGAGCUGUUCCCAAUGGCAAGAUGCAGUUGGCAAUUAUGUCACCCUCCUUUUUAGUUUUCACGUGUUUAGUCAAAAUAAUACAAUUAUAUUCAUGUAAACAUGGUAAUAUGUUAAUAAAUAAAAUUUUAAAAUACAGGGAAAAAAAGUACACACUUUUGCAGAAGCGUAAAACUUUAUUUUUUUAAAGGUAUUUUUAAGCUAACCUCAAACCUUGGAUUAGGAGGCCAAUCAUUGCUGACAUCAAAAUUGUGAUGGGAAAGAUAAUUUUUGGUUCAGCAUUUUUGGUAUUUAUUAUUUUAUGUUUUUUUUUCUUAAUUAUCAAAAGUAAUUUGUUCUUUAUAGUUUAUAAUUUUAACGUACUUUGUUUUAUAAUACAAUAUGUUUCACUUGUAUGCUUUUAUAUUGUAAUUGGCCUUUAAUGUACAACUGGCCAUAAAUCAUAACAGUCCCACUAAUAUAUGAUAGGAAUGGGAAAAUGCCAUAUUUUUUCUGCUGUUUUGUGCCAUAACAGUGUUAUAUGAAGUAAAACCGUUUGAAGCAGCCAGUCACUAUGAAUUUCAGGAAUUAUUUUAAAUAUACUAUGUUUUAAUGAAUAAAAAAAUUAAAAGAAACUAUGGCCUAGAAAUUGUUGGAAAUAAAAUGGUGUCUUUUGGUUCCUAUACCUCUACAAAUACAUUAUAUAAACUAUACUCUAUGACAUACAUUUUGUGUGUGUUAUUUAUUGUGAGAUGUUGAAAGAAUGUGUUUCAUUUUCUGCAUGCUACAUGAGGUAACAGAAACAUAUAAAAAAUACCCUAAAUAAAAAACGAAAAUUUGAAAAGUCUGUUUCACAUGGAUAUUUUAAAGAAACCAAAACCGGAACCGAAAAAUCAGGGAACUGCACAGGCCUACUUUUUAGUAAAGGUGAACUCAUUACCGUAUUUACCCAUGUACCACCCGCACAUUUUUUCUGAAAAACAACAUUCAAAAGUUGGGGUGCGGGUCAUACACGAAAUUUGAGGUUUUUGACAACAAUGAAGACUGAAAAAAUUGGAUUUAUAGUACAUUACCGAAUGCUGGACGCAUUUAUUACAAUGAAAAUACAACAAAACCCCUUAUUUACGUUACCGUUAUUUACUUUUUCCUGAUAUUUUCACCAUUUUAUUUCGGUCCCGUUUUAACCUCAUAUGAUGCAAUGCAAUAAAUUGCCGUUGUUUACAACGCGCGUAUAAACUGCUUCCCGCAAUUUACGCGGUUUAUUCUGAGAUUAACGCUUUCUAAUUUAAAUAAUCGUAAUACGACGUAUUCUGAUGUGUUUUCAAGACGUUUUUAAAAGUAUUAAACUUUAUCCGUAACGUGUCGGGAGUCGCUGUAAUCCACCUAUAAAACGUAAACAGCGCCAGUUGGCAUCAUUCGGUAUAGAGCGCGCGCACGUAGUCGAAGAUCGAUAGCUCGCAAACUUCUUGCUACGCGCGCGCUCUGUUCACAACCGAGUUAACUAUAACUGGCAACCCGCGCCAUUUUAUGCGUAUCAAUACAACUCACGUUUUUGCUACGGGUUUUUUUACGUUGAAUAAAAUGGUUUUAUGGCAUCACUCAUUAUUUUUAAUUAUUUGGCACUACGAGCUUUAUUUUUAUUUGCAGGAUGUUGCAACGGACUGAACAGUUGACGAUUGUGGUUAUUGCAUACAAACAUUUUAAAAUUUAUUUCACCAAAUUUACGUCUGUUGUUUAGCAAAAUUGAUCUACUAUUUUGACAAUGAAUAUUACUGGUUUUUUUUUAUUAAUAUUUCAUGCAUUUGUGUUAGUAAAAUUCUGUGCUGCAGUUAUAAAGAGUUUUCUUUGUUGUUACAAUGACAGACUCUUUUUCCCUAUUUAUGCAGGCACAUGUAAAUAGACAUUACAGUGAAAAAAUUUUUUUUCCAGAGAGUAUGUUGAAAAUUUGGGGUGCGGGUCAUACAUGGGGGCGGGUGGUACAUGGGUAAAUACGGUAUUUAUCUAAGGCCAUAUAGUUAUGUUGAUGUAAUUCAUUUCUUAAGUGUUUUUUUUAUCUCACUUUGGAUUAAUGAUAAUUUAAAAGAGCUAAUGUUGCUAUAUAUUUCUGUCACAGUAUUAAGUAGAAUAACAUAUUUACUUGCAUUGCUGUCCAUGUGACUAGAAAAUGUGUACAUUUUACAUAAAUAUGUGCACAUGUUUGAAGACAAAACUUAAAACUAGUUUCAUUAUUUCCAAAUGAGUUCAUGGAAACAAGUACAUACCAGUUUAAUGUGUUAUCUAUUUAAGAAGAAGUAGAAAAAAAUUCAAAUUGUCUUCCAUAGGAACUCCAGAUUUUUUGUGAAAUCAAUGUGAGUUAAAGACUCUUAGGAGUUUGAAACUAAGAAAUCAAGCAUUAAAGGUAAUUAUAUAAUUUAGAAAUUGGAAUAUGCUUGCUUUAUAUAUUAAGUUCAUUUUCAUUGCUUAAUAAUUAUUUUAUAAUACCAUGUUUUAUCGCAUAAUCGUUGCACAUGUUAUACUAAAAUCAAGUUUUAAAAGUAGGGGUGCAAUUUUUAUGCAAGAGAAUCAUUUUUGUUGAGGUACUGUUAUUCAUAAAAAAAUCCAAUAAAUGGAAAGUAUGCUUAUUUAAAAAGUAGAGUAUACAAAAGCACGCCAAACAAUUAAAAUUAAUAAGUCAUGCAACAAAAACAUAAUUUGUUCAACUUAAAAUAGAAAAAUGAAAACCGUGGCCCGAACGUAAGGCCGAACUAAUGCAUAACUGUGGUCAUAGUACACACUAACCACUAAAGAGUGCAUGCUAUCAGCGAGAUAUCAAUAUUUGACUGUGUGCUCACACACUGUAUGGGCAUCAACAUAAUGAGGCCUGUCUGGCUAUCCUAAGCAAAGUUCGAGUGAGUCACCAGGGUACAUUUCUGACAGAAUUAGAUAGCAGAGUUGGGUAAUAAUUAAUGAUCACAAAAUUUAAGAAAAAGGCACUACUAAAUUCAGUAGAUUUAUUGCUUGACAAAAAAAAAUUCCAAAACCUUCCAUUCCUUGCCAUUCCAGUGAGUUUUCAGAUGUACGUUCGUAGUCCUACAAUAUUUUAGUUUGCCAACUAUUCCGCAGUGACAAGAAUAAAGAACAAAGGGUUUUCUAUUGCUGAUAGAGAGUUUGAUUUAUUUUAUUGUCAUAUUCACAAAUUUUGAAUUGUUUUACAGGAAUGUGGCAGUGUGUCUUUAAAGACAAAUAAAAUAGAAGCUGAAAGCAGGAAGAAGAUGAAAAUCUGUUGGCUUGGUUAAGCAAAUUCGUGCAUUGAGUGUAUCCAUCAGUGGUUUUAAAUUUAAAUUUGUUUAUAUAGCUUGAUAAAUCAAUCAGUAAAAAUUUCAAACACUGACAAAUACUAAAUUGAUAUUUCCUGCUUAUAACAUUUUCCUGCUUUUAAUGUAUUUUUUUUCCUUAUGCCCCCCUGAAAAAAAUUAUAACAUGGUUCUACUGUAGUAAUAAUUACAAAAGGUUGUAAGUGGUGUGACUGAAAAAUAAUUUAACUAAAAUGAGUAGGCACCAUUAGAAUUAAUAUUGAACAUUUAUAGUGCUUUUAUCAAAAAACUUCAAAAAAAGAUCGAUCCAAAAGUACAAAUUGGCUAAAUGCCAAAAUUACUUUAAAUAUGUACUGUCUAUUAAUAAAAAAAAAUAGUGCAACACAAUUAGUAUUUUAAGGGAAAAAGUUAUUCUCUGACACACAAAAAGCAGGCAAUAUUGCGACAGUAGGACAAGGUUGGUUGAAACGGCCCGAGUCCUCAAAACCUCUCAUUGCGAUACUAAAAGUUCUCAUGCCAAGUUCUUGUGUAAUCUUAAAAUAGUUCUAAAACAUUCUUAUACGAUUACCAUCAGCUGGCUACUCAGCACGCCACCACACACUGCCCGAAGUGCUGGGAUAAUUUGCUGCUAUAGCUUGGACAAAUAACUUUGCACGUAGUGAUGAGCAUUUUUUUUGCACUGUAAACUUCUCAAAAUGUGGUUGAUUCCAAGUAGACCAUACAGUCCACUCAAGUUCUGUCUAACAAAGUUUCAAAUUAAACUCCUCAAACAGAAACUCCCGCAGAACACAAAACUAAAAUGUCUUUAGUAUGCUAACUGUAAAAGUACUUUUUUAAGGUAAUUUAAGGUGAAAUGAGGCCUACGAGUAAUGCAGGCCAGCCUUCCUACAGUCCGAGUUCAUUGCGAAAAGUGCACAAAACUGGCUUUAAUACAGUGACUGUUCGUUGGAGUAAAUAAAAAGCUAACUCGGUUGCACUGUCAUCCAUGCUACCUCACAGUUUGCUCGCACAUCCAGCCUGAUUCCUGGCUAGAGACCUUGCUGUCAGUGAAGGUCCUGCCAGGCGGUGGGGGGAGUCCAAGUCACGGCUCCCUCAGGCUGCAGGAGCAGCUCCGGUGGUCUCUCUCUCUCUCCCUCGCGGCAAACAUGGCUGUUGCCUCGCUGCACCGAGGCCGGCGGUGGCGCGUCCAGGCGCGGUAGUUACUGCAUACGCACGUCACAAGUCACCAAAAUUUGUGGCAGGAGUGAACAAGGAUAUUAAGUAGGUCCCAAAAUGUUUUUAAAUACCAAAAACCAAAUAUAACUAAAGCAAAAAGAAAAUAGUUUAAAUUAAAAUAACACAUUAAUAAACAUAGAUGCAUAAUCGGAGGAAGUUGCGGCCCAAGAGACGCCUCGGUAACCGAACAUGAAUUAUGCCAACUAGCGCGGCUACAUUUUUAUACGCGGUGCACAGUGGCAACAAAGACAAACAGAUAAAGUUUAUAAGGUUUAAAACAUCUUAAAGAAAAUUUACGUAUCGGACAACUUCGUAUUUAUGUUAAUUAAAUAAGUAAUCUGUAAUAUUGGAACAAAUUAUAGAUUUCAACUUCAAAAUGCAUCACUUUAUACAGGAAAAGGAAUUUUAUGGGCAGCAUCUGACAUGGAAUAAAAUAAUGUAUAUCAUACUGAGAAAAUGACGAAACAGAAACAUUUGACCAUAUAUUACUGGAAAUCAUAUUGUGCAGGUGCAUCUUAAACAAGUUUUACUGUGAUUGUAAUUACUGUAUUUUCCCAUUUAUAACUACCAAACUGCCUGACAGCAACUUGAAAACAGAUUGCUGUUGCAUGGUGCUUUAUCCUGUCGUGUUUACUACCUACACAAAGCACUCUGAAUCUAAUGGUGGGACCAAAAAUAUUAUGUUACAUUUAUACAAAAAAAAUUCUCCAAAUUUUGACGCCCUUAAAUAAUGGUGUGACGAUGCAAGUGCAACGAUUAUGCUAUAAAAUACGUUAUAACGUUUAAGCUCUAAAGGAGUCUUCUAUGUUGUGAAUAUUGUAACUGCAGUAUCAUCUACCAUCAAAAUGUUAUAUUUGUAGUAUCAUUUAAAAAUUUGAUAAUCAAAAAGUUUUGUAUUAAUACUUGCAAUCUUUUAUGUUUAAUUUUUAUUUGUUUAAUAAUGCUUGAAUAUGUUAUUUUUAUUUAUAUUAUAAUACUGGAUAACGAAUGAACAUGUAAUUUUUGAAUAUUUAAUUUUUGGUUAAUACCACCAUCUUUAGAAAGAGGCAUUUAAUUUGAUUGUAGAAAUUGAACUUAUCUGGGGGGGGGAAAAACAGUUAAAUGCUUUAAAAAGGUUGCUGUGUUAUUUGUCACUUUGUAAGUUAUCGAUUAAUAAUGGUAAUGAGGCAUUCUAUUUCCGUAAAAUGUUUUAGCGUUGGAUAGUGGCUUCUUGCUAGGAAAGUUUUCAGUAAUAACAGUUUAACUGUUGAAAUAUAAGAGUAGGGUAUUAAAAUUAAAUAUUGCUGACUGAAGGUUGGUAUUUUAAAAACUACCCUAAAGAUGGCAGGCAGUACACCAUGAUCUAUCAUUAGUUCAAAAUCUUGUUUCAUGUAAAAGACAUGUUAACAAAACUAAAACUUCCUUCAAUGCAGAAAUUUUCAGCUGUGUUCUUCGCAAACUACUGAAAAUAUUAUAUUGAAAAGUUGGACAGAAAUAAUUAUACUUAAAUAUUUUCCCCCCAUUUUUAUGUUUUUUUUUUCCCCCUUUUCAUGUUAUAUUAAAUAUUAUGUAUGGUUUUAUUCCAAGAAAACUUAAUAGCUAUGAACAUUUUAUAACAUAUAUUUUCAAAGAUAUUUUUAAUGUUUCUUUUAAUUUAAUGGUUAGCUUGAAUCAUUUAUGGUGCUGUUCAAAGCUGAUCUAACUGUGGAGUGUUCGUUGGUGAUUCUGCCGAGGGAAGGGUUGAGCUGCUGUCGACUCGGAAUCACCUGGUGAUUGGUGGACGGAUUGUUUGAUUGCUGGAGUGCAGAGCAGUGGUUCGGGAGCCGAGGCGUGGAGGUGCUACCAUUCCUCCCCUCGUACGUGGCUGGGACUCCUCGUAGAGGUGGGGGCGGGGGGGGGGGACACCAGUGUUUGGUGCUAGGACACGUACACACUUGCAGGGGAUUAGACCCUGUCACCGCAGCUUGCGUUGGGCUCUUGUUCAAGUCAACAUUCAUGAUCUAGUGUAAUAUUGUAGUAUACGGUAGUCCAUGAGGUGAUUAUUCCUGCGGUUCUUGACCACCGGCCCGUGAGCAGAUAUUUGGCUUUAAUGACUAAAACGGUAUUGGUAAAAGUUUGGUGAGAUGUUAUCAUCACCCUGUCCUACCUUAGAUUGUAAAAAAAAUAACUGAAGAAUAAAAUAAUGGAUAAAAGUGAUAGAAGCAAGAUGGCGGGUCCUAAUUACCCUUGAGUGAUGUAGUGUACUAGUGUGCAAAUUAUGGAAUAUUCUUUUCAGUUAGGUAUCGCGGUUGAAAACACUCGGCAUGUAACCUGGGUAGAUGCUAUGACAUAAAGACUUGAAGCACUACAGUUAGUUAGGGAAUUUAUACAAAUUUUAUCUAUCCAUACUAUUAAUUUUUGAUAUGUAACUGGUUGUACUGCAUUGGGUAGUAGUAAAUUCAUAGAUUGGAAUAGAAAUAUGUAAUUACGGUGAUACCAUCUGUGGAAGUCUCGGAAAUCUCAAAAAUAUUGGAGGGCCUGCAUGAUUCAUUUGUAUAUAUUGAUUUUAUGAACAUCACAGAAUUUAAACCACGCAUAGGUAUUAAAAUAUAGAACUUUAUGAUAUUAAAGGUAUCCUUUAAAACUUUGUUAUAUUUUAUGGUCAUAUAAAGAAAUAAUGACAACUUAAAAAAUACAUUAGAAUCCUAGCAUUACAAAUUUGACACCAUUUAAAUGUAGAUAUAGUGUAGAGUUCAUCAUACUGUAGAAAGAUAGUGAUGAAGUAUUUACGGACUGAGAUCGGUUGUUUAUACAAAAAAAUACAAAUGUAUUCUUAGUGUUAUAAUAUGUGUUUUAAAUUGUUUUAGGUUAAUAUUUUUAGUACCUAAGUACACACUUCCUUACAAAACAGUUCAGUUAUAAUACUUUCUUUCAAUCUUUAUUUUGAAAUUAUAAAAUUGGUAAUUUAAAUAAUAAUUGAAUACAUAACAUUUGCAUAACCCAGGAACAGAAAUAUGUGAUAACCACGGUGGUGCCAUCUGUGGGAGAUGGUGUGAAUCAAACUUUAUAGUAUUCACUUUUGAAUGAAUUUUAAUAAGAUGGGCAGUAUUUCAUUAAAAUUCCUUGUUGAAACACUGGUUCAAAGGCAGUGUUCAGUAUUUUUUCAAGUCUUUUUUUGAUUUAUGGUUUUCAUUGGAGCAGUUUUAUUACAUAGUUCAAAAUUCUCUCUGCAAAUUGAAACUAGUCAACAUAGCUGCGCCGGCAGUGGCUCGUGCAGAAACUGCGUGUGAUUUGCAUCCAUAAAUGUAGUUGAAAACACAUUUGUGUAUGUUUAUCACUUUCUGCAUUAUUUUAAAGAAUUAUAUGUUCAAUUUCACAUCCGAGGCUCGAGUUUUGUAUACUAAGUGUAUGUGCAACAUAAGAACACAUGAAUUUGCUUGUUACAUAUUGCUGGCUAAUACUGAAAAACUCCCUCACCUUUUUUUAUUGCUAGGUUUAUAUCUUAUGUUAUUGAUAAACUAUACAUUCUGUAUUAUUUUUAAUGUAUGAAAAUACUAUCUCCAAGACUUAAAUAAAAUCACUAAAUAAUUAAUUUUACAAAAUUUUUUGAAUACAAAUGUGACUAUCCCAUAAAAAGUAUGUUAUAAAAUAAAGUGAAUUUAUUUAUUAUAAAAGUAUAUUUAAAAUAAUUUGCUGCCCAAGGAGAAUUUAACCAAAGAGUGUUCCAAGUUUGAGAUUCACACAUAAUGAAUUUUAUUAAUUUAUUUAUCAUCAUCAUUGUCUAGUAUAAGAUAAGAUCAUAUAUCUUAAUGGCCCACAUUGAAAUAAUAAUUGCUAGGCCUGUGCAAAUAUUCAAAUACGAAUAAUAAACUAUUUGACCCUAAAUACUAACACUUUAAAUAACGAAUAUUCAUUUACUUACUAGUAUUUGACACAGCAUACCUCAUCAGCUUUUCGAAUACCAAUGUUCGCUGUUGUUGUCAUUUGUGCAAUAUAAACACCCUUUUUUGAUGUUUUAAUGGGACCUCAUAAUCAAAAACAUUAACAAUAAGCGAUGUUUUGUAAAUGCAACUAGUCAAGGUUUAUUUUUUUUUUCUUUCACUGUUGCCUAGUAGCUAACCGCAAAAACUGGAAAGUUGUGCGAACAAUUCAAAAAAUUGCAUUUUUGUCUUUUCAAACUUAAAAACAAAAUAAUGUUUGUAUUUUUUCAUCAGGUGCACUAGACAUGGGGAAAAAAAAAUAAAUGUCAACAACCACGGGGACCGCACAUCACAAAUCACGGACACUCAUUCCGAUGGUCAAUAAAAGUAGUAAACGCCAUGGUUCCAACAGCGUACAAAUCGAUAGUCACAAUCGAUCUAACACCAUGCGACACAGUAGAAGUUUACUUGCUCUAUGUAUCUGUUAUAAAAUACGUUGCAGCUUUUUUAAAAAAGAUGGGGCAUGUAACGCAGUACCUGUGAUAAAAGUGACACUUCUUUAGCAAUUCAAACCUCGUAACAGGUAAAAUGGCAGAGAAAAGACAAUUUUCUAAAAUAAACAUGAAUUAACAAUAUUACUCACUGUUGAAAUAAUCACAUCAUAAAAUGUUAUAUUAAGAUUUUUAGGACCUCAACUAUAGCAUGUAAACAAUUCUAACUACAAUUUAUACACGUUUUAAAAAAUAAAUCAACUUAAAUAAAUUUUAUUAUCAACCACAUCUAUAUUAUUACUCAGUAUUAUUCAGUAAAACCAAUUAUGCAAUUUAAUAAGAUAAAAAAGCACUGGGUCUUUUGGCUUUAAUUUCUUUUUCGAUGAUUCAAGAGUCCUAACUUUUUCGUUUUGAUUAGAAAUUUGAUGAAAACAGAAAUAAAUGAAUAAAUAUGAAUUAAAAUUAUUACUCACUUCAAAGUAACUUCGUAGGAUAUCAGUAAUUAUUGAUCAAUCAAUAUUUAUUAAUUUAAAAUCAAGAUUACUCACUGUUGAAAUACUUACACCGUAAAUAAAAUUUGUUUAGCAUAUAUCAAAGCUAGGAUUUAUUAUAAUAAAUAAGUUUUCAAUUAAUUUUUAUAUUUUGUAUAGGUUAGAUGUGAUCGAGCAUUCUUCUAGACUGAUUUUGUAGCUCUGCAAAUAUCACCUUAUCAUUGAGUUAUAGUGCAAGAGAUUAUGCCAAUAGGCUACAUAGACAUACUGCAAUGCAUUCAUAGGCAUUGAAUCGAAUGAAUGAACAAUGACAUUUCUGCCGCUCUGCGACGCAAAAACUAAAUGGCACGGACCUAUCUCAUGGUAAUUCUUUACAUUACAACCAUAUUUUCACUUUGUGAAAAUAAAAACAAUAUUCCACGCACUGGAUUUAUUUAAACUUUUUUUUACUACAUUUUCUUAGUAACAUAUUUACACACUCCUGGGCUCAUAAUUAUAAUACAGUUUGUGAUUUAGUGAAUCAAAUAAUAAUUGGUGACAAUAUUUAGUUACACAGAUAACACUGUUUAACAAUACUGAUUUACACAAAUAAUUUAAAUAAUACGUACUUGAAAGAACACCAUAUAUAAAACAUAAAUAAUUGUUUAAGAUUUCAGAUGAAAUUAGUAUAAAUUGUGUUUAUGAUACUGCUGAACUAAAAUACAGUCAUACAGUUUAUCUGGCUGCCGUAAACAAUGAAAAUGCAUGAAUAACUGUAGUUUAAGUAUGUAAAUAUGAGCUCAUUCAAUUACUAAUGUGGUAAACAGCAUUUAAAAAAAAAAGAAUCACGUUUUUUGUAAAAUGGAUUUCAUUGAAUUUCAUGAUAUUUUGCUUUCCGUAAAAAUUUUCUGAAGCAAUAUGUAGAGUGGCAGGUUUUGGAGGAAAAAAGAAGAAGAAUUGGAAUUGAAAUGAGAGGUUAUUUAGGUUAAGUUAGGUUAGCUGAAUAAAUAAAAACACCAAUUUUUAUUUCAUAAUUUAAAUAUUUUAACAAACAUUUUACAGAUAACUAUUUUAGCUGACUUAACCUAACCAAUCUUUCGCUUAAGUAUCGUUUUUAUAAUUUCCCAAAAGCCACUACAGUAAAUUUAUUUUUUAUUUCCCUAUGUAUUUUGUUACACGAUGUAAAAAAAAUGUUAAGUGCAAUUCUAAUAUAUAUUCUAUUCUAACUAAAAAAACAUUCAAACAGGUCUAACAAGUUCCCAUUCAACACACAUGACAAGUUGUGCAUUCACAUCCAAUAAGUAAAGCCAAAAGUUUAGGAUAUUAUGAAAAGUGAAUAAAAACAUUGAAAAUAGUGGGUUUAGACUUUAUCAUCAUUAAAAAUUAAAAUACAAUACUUACGUAUUUAUCGGUUACAUUUACAUUGAUCAACUGCUUCAACAAUUUGUGUUGUUAAAUAAAAAUCUGCAGCUACAACAUUCGCCAUUAUUAUUUAUAUUUAAUGUUUCUUAGUUAACGAGAAAGUUGUAACAAUAAAAAGUACAGCUGAACUUUUUUUUAUAAUGUAAGGUUUUGUGGUUUUAUUUUUUGACAAGUUUCGUUGUUAUUUUUUAAAGUGUCUUACAUUAAUAUAUAACAUUACUCACAUAUCAAAACAAGAAAUGGUGUUAUUGGAACCAUAAAACCUACAUAAAAUUUUCAGCUGUGGGAAAAAAUAUUUGAUUCAACUGAUUAUGUGAUUAAGUUUAUUUCUGGUGCCAACAUAUUUUCAAAUUUAAAUUUUCUUUAUCGUCACUUUUAUUUCUUUAAUGCUAUUAAUAUUAAUAUGAACCAAAAUCAUACUUAUACAUUUCUUUAUAUAGUUUGUCUUUAGGCCUGUAGCCAUGUGUGUAUGUUAACAGCUGUAGAAUGAUUUUAAUUACUUUACUAGAAAAUAUAUAUUUUUUUUAUUUUUUUUUACUAAGUAUACAAUAUUUUAGGUUUUUAAAUAAAAACUUUAACUAAAAAUUUAUUAAAUUCUAUAUUUUAACAGCCAAAAUUAAGUAUUUAGGUGAAUUUCGCUGCUUUUCAUUUUGGUGUUUGGCGGUGUAUUUUCAAUUUCACUUGUUUAGGCUUUAUCACUUUUCACCAUGUAAUUAUGCCUUUACCAAUAGGGAAUUGUUUUAAUUUUUACAGCAACUUUAAAAAUGUUAAAAUAUCUAAAUCGUGAUCAUUUAAAUGUAGUGUUUGUGCUUAGUUGUAUUAUUCAAAAUAUGUAACUAUUUUAACAAUGUCAGUUUGGAUGAAAAUUAUUUUUUAAAAUUCAUUUUUUGAAGUUUUGAAAAUGUGAUUUUUACACCUCAACAUGCUUUUUUGACUUAUUAUAAAUAAAAUUGAAGGCUGUGUGUUUGUUACAUGUGAUGCAUGCAUAUUUACAAUAUCCAAAUGAUAAAUGCAGAACUGUCAAAAAAAAAAAGCCAUACCAUCAUGAACCAUUUGAACUGAGUUUAUUGUUUUUUAGUGCCAGUUUAAAAAAAAAACACUUAGGGCAUCUCAAUUGUAGACACGCAUGGCAAUGUGAUAUCAAGUGAGGUAAUGUUUUUGGCAGUUGAAGGUUUUAAGAUUUUAAGUUGAAAAUCUCUCACUUUCAACUUGUGGAAUAUUUUGAGUCUUGCAUUUGAAUACCACUCGUGCAUGCAUUCAGGCUGGUGUGGAUUUAACCUCUUCACAGCUGCUUUGAUGAGGUGAUCCUUAUUGCCAAGGGCUUUUCCCGGUCACUUCCUCGUCUAAGCUGCCUCGGAGCCCAGACCUAACUGCAGAAGUCUGCGAACUUCACCAAGGGCUACCAACGCAGAGAACAGCUUAUCUUGCACACUCCAAACAAGCGCACUUCCAGGGGGGUGGAGCUGGACUGUGACUAAUUCUUAUUCUCAGGAACACCAGAGUUCAGUUGUUCCACGGAAAACUUGGUUACGUGACCAUUAAUGGUAAAGCUCUGUACGUUUUUACCAUGUUGUGUACUCCUGAAUAAGAAAUAUCUGUCCGCAGAUUACAUUAAAGUGCCAACACCACUCGUAACCUCCAGAAACUUCAGUGAUGUUACUGCCAAUCUUUUUGGGAGGUGGACUUACAGUUUCACUCAUCUCUUGGUUGUGUGCCUGCGAAAAAUAUUGCAAUAGCGUCUUCUUAGUGGCUCAUAAGUUGGUAGCAUCGUACUCAUUAUUUUUCGCUGAAUGCAUCAGGUUAGAACACGCCAAAUAUCUCUAUAAGUCAUUCUCCUUGACAAAUUAAUUUUGUCCAUCAUCUGAAAUUUAAAAUUCUGAAUCAAUAUGUAUUACAAAAUAUAACUUCUGUAAAGGCACAUGCACUUCUGUCAAAGAUUUGUGUGGUAAUUAUUAUGCUGUUCAGUUUAGGUAUUGCAUGGCGACUGGUUGCUCUGGUGUGCCUUUAGGCAAGUUCUGACAUUUUCCCUCAGUUGUACUGUGACUUAGGGCUUAUCACAAAACUGGUUUUACUACCUACAUUUUUAAGCUGAUUUAGGAAAAAGAAAAUACAUUGUGGCAAUAAAAUAAUUUUAAAAUAGUUUCACUAAAGGGGGAAUUUUUUUUGGAUUUCAACCUGUUAAAUGGAGAGCAGUUUCAAUAGUAAAUAAGCAAUUACAAAAGUAAAAACAUAAUUUGUUUUUUAAAAAACUUAACAUUGGUUUUGUGAGGAUUAGUUUCUAUGGGGGAGGGGGGGGGGGGCAGAUGUUCUUGUUGCCCUCUGGAUUCACCCUUGUUAUCAUAUGGUAAGUUAAAUUGGUUAAGUAGGUUGCGAGAGACUGCACAUGGUAUCUACAGUUUUAUUCAUGGUAGAGGACUGUUUUGCUAUUGUAGUGAGUGAACAUUCACUGAUGCAUUACUCAAUGUGUCUGCUAUGGAGAAUCUGCUGUGAAAAUGGUCUGCAGUUUGAGCGGUUAGAGAGCUGAUUGUUUUUCUGUAUAUAUGGUGAUAAAUACAUGUGGGACUGCAACUUUGGUAAUGUAACUAACUGUCUGUGCAUUUUGACAAACUCAAAAAUUAAAAGUUACACAUUUUAACCAAGAGUAAAUCAUCUUGGUUCAUUACUUAUAAUGGUAUAAUGGUAUGUAAAUUGGAAGUAGGUUGUAUACAAAUACCACACAAAUUAAUAUUAGUAACGGUACAAGUUUUAUAAUUAAAGAAUCUUUAAAGCUCCUGGUUUCAUUUAUUCUCCCAAAUUAAGUUAUUUAGUGUUAGUUUACUGCCACUACACUUGCUCAUUAUAAGGUGUUGCAUAAAAUUACUCAUGAAAAUCUUUUCCAGGCUACAUUUCUAUACUCAAAAAGUUUAAAACUAAUGCAAUUUUUCGUAAUUAAAAAAAGUUUAUAAAGAAAAGAGUUUCAAUAUUUUUCUGAAUUUUAGAUUGAAGUAUAUCUUGACUAUUCAGCCAAGAGAACAGCUAAUUUUUUUCUGCCAGGUGUAACAGAAGAAAGUUGGAUAUCUCUUUAGAUGUGGUGUAUGCAGCAAGGCUGAAAAUCCAGAUUGUUAACACUUUUAUGGUUAGGGGGAAGAAGGAAUGUUGUGUGCAGCAAUGAUGAAACUAAUUUAUAUUCAAGUAUCUGCAUUUGAUGACUUUCUACAGAAUUGCAUGACAUUGAAAGAUCCUAACAAAAUGGUGGAUCAUCUGAAACUGUUACUGGCUUCACUUAGUGCAGGAAACUAUUCGCACAUCAAUGAAGUAGUCACCGUACUCGAAGAAUUGAAGGACGCUGGCUACAUACAAUAAUUACUCUGAUAAAUCAUUUUAAAUUCAUAUAAAAAUUUAUAGAUUUUGUAGAAAUUUUUAAAUCCAACAUUUUUCUUGUGUAAAAAUGGAAGAUUUAAUUUCUCGUAAUGCCUGUGUAAUGUUUCCAUAAACUCAUUAAUUUUUGUUUUGGAACCUUUACUUUUUUUGAUAAUCAAGGACAUUGUAUAUCUUCUUUGUUUGUUAUGACUUGUGUAACUGUUCAGAAAUAUUUUGAAGUGAGUGAUUUGUCAUUCUGCUUGAUAGUUGCUCACUGCGUUGUUGUGUUCAGCAUGUACAGAAGAUGAGUAACAUUUGUGUUCAAAUUGUUAACGCAUGUUUUAUCAAUAAGGUUUUGUUGUAAUCCAUGACUUUUGGACUUUGCCUAAAUUGUGUCUCAAAGCAGAUUGACAAAAAAAGUGUGACUAGCAUUGCAAAGAAGUCAUAAUAAAAACCAAGUCAAGGAGUUAUAUCUUUGUAACAUACUACAUACUUCUAACCAUGUUUAAGAAGCUUUGUUUUAAUUUUGUUAGUUGCCAUGUAUUUAGUUUUUCACUUGUGACAACAUUAAUUUUGAUUACACACACAAAAUUUUGGUGUUAAAUAUAAAGUAUUGCAUAUGUAAAUGAAAAUGUUUUAAGAAAUAGUAUAACGAGGAAACUAUUAUUUACAUAGUCAACUAAAUGUAUGAAUUUUGUUUGAUGUAAAAUAUUAUUGUAGUUUUCGGUAUGGAGGAUGAGGCAUCUUGAUUGGCAAAUAAAUUUGCACAGUUAAAUAAGAAAUGGGCCACAUAUCAUCAAGCAUUGAAAUUACACAUCCUUGCGUAUUCUCAUGCAGUCUUGAUAAUUUUGGUGGCAUUUUUUGAGGGAAUUAUGUGCGUAACAAUAGCCUCGUGAGUUUCUUGAUGGGGAAGCUGAGGAGGGAGAAUGGUAAUAGGUCCUAUUUUCUUAGAUGUCAUAAUUUAGCAAAGUUUGACAGCAUAAUAAUAAGGGGAAGAGUUUUAUUUUCUAUAAAUUUGCUUUCCCCACCAUUCUUCUUUCCCGUCUUUACUAUGUACUGUAUUCUGACUUUGUAAGACAUUAGCAUAAAUACCGCUGAGUAAGUGAAUUCCAUGUACAUGUGACAAGUUCCAUCAAAUAAGACAAGUAUUUAUUUUUACCUCUUCAAAUUUACUUAAAAAGUUCUUGUCCUAUGCCAGUAAAUGCGGUAAUCACUAAAAAAAAAAACUAUUAUUUUGUGCAUAAUCUGGUUGUGGGUUAUGAAAUAAAUUAUUUUGAACACUUCCUCUGAAACAUUAUUCUUUAAAGUGGUAAGUAAAUGAUUUUUUUUAUAUAAUAUCAUUGAGAAUUGGUAAUGUUAUCUCUGUUCAAUUUGGUAUUUAUACAGACUUGUCAUUGAUAUUGGUUGGUUUUGUAUUGUAGAAUGUAAAUAUAACCAAAUGGCGAUCAAACGAGGUUUCAAUGAUGCACAUCGAUUUAGCUUGUUACAUGCGUUAGACCCACGUAGCGGAGUGCUAAAAUGGAAACACAUAUACACUUGUUAAACUAUGUAAGCCUGUAGCAGUGGCAUUUUGAACUUGAAACCAUCCUAGUUUUUCUGCUGUCAAAACCGUUACUGGUUUUUAAGUACCUUAUAAAAUUUCUUACCAAACAAAGGGUACUUCAUGUUGGUUCCUUGUUUUUUACUCUGUGUAAGUUCGUGAACUUUUACAGCAUAAGUUUUUGUUUUUAAUAUGUAGUGCUUUUGGUACACAAUUUCUUAACCCUUAAGAAUUCCUUGACAUGGUUUCUUUAAGAAUUGGUUGUGUGUUUGCCUGACUUGUACUACUACUUUGUGUGUUUAAGCUGUUAUAGUUUGGUUGUGCAUUCAUGCUGUGACUUCUUGGUAAUAAAUCUUGCUUACCUGACCAACUGUUAAUGUAUACGUUACAUCGUUAAAAUGAGUCCUUUUUGGUGGUGCUUUGUUGAAAGGGACUAAGUGUUGCCGACUGUACCCCGUACGCAAGCAUGGAAGUUGUAAAUAAGUGUGUAUGAUAGGGAGUCUAGAUUGUGUAUGCUUACGACAGAUGGUUUUCUCCUUGAAAAGUAGAAAAUAAUUUUGGAUCUUUAUAGUAAUAUAUACUUUUUUUUUUUUUAAAACCAAACAAGGCAUUUUGAGAGGUGAUUGGUUAAUUUUUGUUCUAGGUGUUUAUGUUUUCACUAUUUCAGUAACAUAAGUUGAGGGCUUAACAUGUAAAUUAAAUGUGUUUUUUUUUUGUGACUUGUGUUUCAUUUGGUGGCGGAUGUGCAUUGCUUCCCACAUUUUCACGUUCGUAGUCCAGCCAUGUUCUUGAGAAAGCUGCUUGUUACAGUCUAGACCUGCAGUUAUAUCUUUAGUAAAACUAUUUGUGAGGAAUAAACAGAUGAAAUGUGACUUGUUUUAAACACAACUAACUGUUUCCAACUAUUGAAUUUGUUCUUUCAUAGAUAUUUAUUUUUCUCUAAAACAACAACAUAUUGUCAGAGAGAAAAAAGUUAGUUCAGUCACACUAUUUCAGAGCAGGAGGGAAGACAUUGGCAAUAGCGAGAGAGAAGAAUUCAUUUGGCCACUGCACAGAAAAAACCUCCAUACAUCUACUGUGUUUGGGUAUGGUGCUAUUGUACCUAGUUUUUGUUUGACCCUGGUGGCAUAACUGCAUAAUGAAUAUGGCAUUAAAAUUUAUUAAUGCACAUUCAUUGUAAACUGUAAAAGAUUAAACGUUUCGAAUAGAAUGUAAAUAGAGAGCAAUUAAUUUAAGAAUUGUGACGUCCUUAAUCCUUAAAUAUCACCUACUUAUUUGUGAAACCGUGCAGUAGCAUUUUUGCGAAUGCUGGGCCUGUAUUCUGUUUUGCAGGAUUUCCUGUCGCUGUAUAGCUUAACAAAUUAUGUAUUUAUGUAAUUUGGUAAUGAAAGAAGCAUACCCAUUAAUUUUUUUAAAAUGUUAAUUAGGUUUUGACUUAAAAUCUAAUUUGGUUCAUUUAUAACUAACUUGUCUUUUUGAAAAUGAUAAUUUCCCAUUUGUUCCCAGAGAAAACGAAAAACAAGUCACGUCUGAAUAAGUAUGGCAUUUAUUACUUACAGCACGCAGCUUUCUUGAAAACUGAGAAUUACUAGUUUCUUGUUACAUUCGAUACUGACAGAAUCAGUGACUAUUUAACUGUUGUGGCUCAAAACUGAACAUACUAUGCAGGAGAUAAAUGUAACAUGUGGAAUAAUUGAUUUGAUCAAUAAUUUGUUAUCCUAGCAGUUGUGUUGUGCCAACUUGUGAGUCAGGGUAGUGUUUUCAUGCUAUGUUGGUACACGCUGUUCAGUACCUAUGAUUUCAAGUGUUUGUCAGAUAUGUCUAAAUCGGAACCCCAGUUUUAAUUGGCUAAUUUUCAAGCCAUACAGGAAGGAUACUGAAUAUGUAUGUUCACCUUAUUCUGAUUAAAGUCCAUUUAUUUAUAUAUUUGAGUGACAUGAUUUUUGUGCUUUUCAUUCAUGCUUCUUUGUCUUGUUUGAAAGUUGUAACUGCAGAUUCACUGAAUUGCAGGUCGUUGCCUUCUUAUUACUUAUGUAUGAGCAAAGUUGAUGUGUUAAUCAGAUGUUUUGUAAAGUACCAAUUUGUUGAAAGUGGAUGGUCAAAUGGAUUGAUGAAUAAAAUUAUUUUGAUUGAAAA